UUGGACCCAAAGGUGCCUCACCCAAAGGAGCUCCUGGGUAUGAGGCUGGUGCUGUGGAGAGAUGCACAAGGAGUCUGGCGCUGCUUUGAAGACAAGUGCCCCCACCGUCUGGCCCCCUUGUCAGAGGGCCGCAUUGAGCCGUCAGAUGGCACACUCAUGUGCUCCUACCACGGCUGGCGCUUCAGUGGAGAGGGCAAGUGCACAGACAUCCCCCAGUCGCUGGAUGCAAAGGCCAAUGCAGCUGCGCGCAGCAACCCCCGAUCCUGUGCCAUACCGCGGCCAACCAAGGUGGGUUCAGUGUUUUUUUUUACAAUCUUUCAGGCCAGCGCAUGGGGACGGAAUUGGCCAAUGAUAAUCCUGCUGCCGGGCUGA